AUGUCUCAAUCUCUUUUUGACAGGUCCAUUCUGAAAAGCGAUGCUUUAAAAAAAUUACCAUUAGAUUUCAAUGUUUAUGAUAGCGUUAUUAUUAAUCCUAAUGAAACAUCAACAGAACAUUCGAGAACUUUUAGAAAUAAAACUACUCCUGGCUGCUUAAGAAAUAAUAUUCAUCCAGACUUGGAUACCUAUCCUAAAUUAUUCAACAAUUCAGUCGAACUAUUCGGCGAUAAACCUUGUCUCGGUAGUAGACCGUAUAAUUAUACUACCCAUACAAAUCAAAACUAUUUUAAAUUUUAUACUUAUAAUGAAGUUAAUGAAAGAAAGAAGAACUUGGGUUCAGGAAUUAUUAGGUCCUUAUUGGCUAAUCCAUUUAUAAACCCUUCUUUACCGCUGCACCGUAAAGUAAUUAAUCAUUUAAAGGAUUGGAAAUCUUAUGGGAUUCCAGUAACUGGGAAGGCAAAUAAGAAUUAUGAUAUUGAAGACAAUGCAUCUUUUAUAUUAUCGAUUUUCUCUGCUAAUAGAUUAGAAUGGAUUUUAACAGAUUUAGCUUGCUCAGCAUUUUCGAUUACAAAUACCGCCUUAUAUGAUACAUUAGGUCCUGAAGUGACAAGAUAUAUCCUAGGUUUAACAGAAUCUCCAAUAAUUGUUUGUUCCCUUGAUAAAUUGGAUGUAAUCCUAAGCUUGAAGGAAAAAUUCCCCGAAGAAUUAGGUAAUGUUAUUCAAAUUGUAUCAAUGGAUCCUAUUGAAUUUAUUGAUAUACUGUUAGUUGAAAGAGCAGAACGUCUCAAGAUAGUAGUCACUGAUAUCUUUGCUCUAGAAUCUAUUGGUACAACAGACAGAAUCGAAGAAUUAACAGCUUCAAAGGAUGCAUUGUUCACCAUUUCCUUCACAUCAGGAACCACAGGUUCAAAACCAAAAGGAGCCAUGUUAUCACAUGGUGGUUUUGCAGCUGCCGUAUCGUUUUUAGCAACCACAGAGGCACAUGCUCGAGGUCAUGGUAAGGCAUAUAUAUUUUUACCUUUAACUCACCUUUAUGAACGACAAACCAGCAGUUUUGCUUUGACUACAGGUUAUUACCUUGGAUUACCACAAUUAUCGAUGUAUAAUAAACAGAAAGACGUACUUAACUUAUUGAUUGAGGAUUUACGUAUCUUCAAGCCAACAUAUUUUUCCAUUGUACCAAGAAUUCUAACCAAAUUUGAAGCAAUAAUAAAAACUCUUGUAAAUGAAAUGGAUGAUAAAGAGUAUCAUGAAGUUCGAACUAUUAUUGAAUAUAAUAUACGUCAACAAGCUUUGGCAGAUGGCUCAACAGGAUUUAUUGGUGCAAGUGAUGAAUUUCCAGCUUAUAAAUCUUUGAAGGAAUUCUUCGGGCUUACUAAUCUUUUAUGGUUGCAAACGGCUAGUGCCCCAAUUUCUUCUUCUACUUUAAGAUAUUUGAAGGCAAGUUUAGGUGUUGGAUUAAGUCAACUGUACGGUUUAACAGAAUCAUCUGGAGUCAUCACAAAUACAAGUAUUUUUGAACAGAAUCCUGGUUCUUGCGGUAGUAUUUCAGUGACAGGUGAACUUCGCUUAAGUAAUACUAGUGAAAUGGGAUAUGAUAUUAAAGAACUCAAGGGCGAAGUGACACUUCGUGGUCCUCAAGUAUUCAAAGGUUAUUAUAAGGACAUCAAAGAAACAAAUAACGUAUUUGACGACGAAGGUUGGUUUCAUACCGGUGAUAUUGCAAGACUUGACCCUACUACUGGUCGUGUUACUAUCAUUGAUCGUGUAAAGAAUUUCUUCAAAUUACAACAAGGUGAAUACAUUUCUCCCGAAAAGAUUGAAAAUAGAUACUUAUCUUCUAAUCCAUUAAUUACCCAGUUAUAUGUUCAUGGGGAUUCAGCAAAACAUUAUUUAGUUGGCAUUGUUGGUACAGAUUUUGAAAGAGGGAUGAAGUUCUUGAAUGAAUUCUGCGGAUAUAAUAAGUUAGACUUUACUGAUGAUGAACUAUUAGUAGAAAUGAAUAAGGUCGAUAUCAAAAAGAAGUUUUUAAAGCACUUGAAUGAAAAUGUUGGUGAUGAAUUAAAUGGAUAUGAAAAGCUUCACAAUAUUCAUAUAGAGUUUAAUCCAUUGACCGUUGAAAGAGAGGUCGUAACUCCUACUUUUAAGAUUAGAAGACCAGUAGCUUCGAGAUUUUUUGGCACAGUCUUCCAUAAAUUAUAUGAAAUUGAACAAUCCCUAUUGGAUGAUCUCAAUUAUUUGAAAUCUAGAUUUUAA